AUGAGUUUUGCGAGUGUUACUCUGCAUCCUACUAUAGCCAGACUUUCUGUUUAACAAUUAGGACCAAAGUCCAGCUGAUUUAAUUUCCUAAACUUCAUUGUUUUAACUUUAUAAAAAACAGCGCAUAUAUAUAAAUUCACGAAAAUGUCAUUCUUUGUAAAACAGCUCACGAGAAGGGUUCUAGCUCCAGCAAUCUCACUAACCAAAAAAACUUGUUUCAGCACCACAAAUGCUGCCUUUGCGCCCGUAAUCCGCAAACCCGCACCAGAUUUCAAUUCAACUGCAGUAGUCAACGGUGAAUUCAACUCAUUGAAACUAUCAGAUUUUUCUGGAAAAUACGUCGUUCUGGUCUUCUACCCACUAGAUUUCACAUUUGUCUGUCCGACCGAACUAAUUGCGUACAGCGAUAGGUCUCAAGAGUUUGCAAACAUUGAUUGUCAAGUGAUUGGAGUAUCAACAGACUCGGAGUUUAGUCAUCUCGCCUGGGUCAACACUCCUAGAAAGGAUGGCGGUUUAGGAAAAUUGGAUAUACCGUUGCUGGCUGAUUAUAAAAAAACGAUUUCAAGGGAUUAUGACGUUCUUCUCGAUGAAGGUUUUGCUCUGAGAGGUUUAUUCAUUAUCGAUGGUAACGGCAUAUUGAGACACAUGUCAAUCAACGAUCUGCCAGUCGGAAGGUCCGUUGAUGAAACCCUAAGACUCGUUAAAGCAUUCCAGUUUGCUGAUAAACAUGGAGAGGUCUGUCCAGCAAAUUGGAAUCCAGAAACAAAUGCGGAUACCAUAAAACCUAAUCCCAAGGAAAGCAAGCAAUAUUUCCAAAAGGCCAACUAGUUUACAUAACAAUUUAAACUAAGAGAUUAGUUCUUAAAAUAUAACUCAUUAUAUUUGCAAUUAUUUCAAGAAUAUCAAUACAUUGUUUCUUGUAACCAUCGCUUAUGUUGAAGUGAAAUAAAUAGUUCAAACGAUGCUA